AGUGCGCCAGCGAGGUCCGAGGGGUCGGAGGCCCAGGGAGCGGAGGCCCGAGGAGAGGAGGUCCGGAGGGUGAAGGUCCGGAGGGUGAAGGUCCCGGAGCUUGGAGGCCCCAGGGCUCGGAGGCCCCAGCCUCAGCACCUCAGGUCCCAGCAGAGCCUCAACGCCCGCCGCCUCCUGUCCCAAAAAAACCAAACAAACAGACAAACAAACAAAACCCUCACCCGCCCAGCCCCAGCAUGAAAGCCAUCAGCCCGGUGAGGUCCGUCAGGAGCUGCUACGAGGCCGUGUGCUGCCUCUCGGAGCAGAGCCUGGCCAUCGCCCGCAGCAGCAGCAACAAGAGCCCGGCGCUGGAGGAGCCCAUGAGCCUCCUGUACGACAUGAACGACUGCUACUCCAAGCUGCGGGAGCUGGUGCCGGGCAUCCCGCAGGGCACCAAGAUGAGCCAGGUGGAGAUCCUCCAGCACGUCAUCGACUACAUCUUCGACCUGCAGAUCGUGCUGGAGGAGGAGGCCAAGGGGCGCGACCCGUCCUCGGAGGCCACCCUGCUGUCCCUCAAGGCGGCCGAGCUGGCCUCCGAGCUCUGCUCCAAAGACGAGAGCGCGCUGUGCCACUAACGCCUCCUCCAGCAGUGCCAAUUAGCAAACACGCAGCGAGUGUCGGUUCCUGAUUCGUUAUCGGCCGGAGGUAAAUAGCAGCUUCCUGCGCGGCGCCAGGCUGUCUGCGACCUGCCGCGGCCCCCCCGGAGCCCCCCCCAGGCCACCACGGGGGGCCACCCAGCUGCACCCAAGCACCCUUGGGCUCCUCCAUCGCCCGGAGAAAAAAAAAUUUAAAAAAGACCCCAGGUGCAUCGCCCCCCCCCCAAAAAAAGACCCCAGGCGAGGGGAGAGGCGGCUGCUGCCCCCCCUUGUCCCCCCCCCGCGACCAGGAGCUGCCUCCUCGGCGAGUUUUCGAGCGGCGUUCCCAAAAUCCCGGCUUCUUUAGGACUUUUUCAGCCCGCUUUGUAAACGAGACACUUUGUACCGAUAGACUGGUGAAGAUGCGGUGGUUGUCUGUAUAUUUUUGGAUUAUAGCGAUCGAGCCCUGUUUAAAGGCGUUUAAUAGGGGGAUAGAGGGGGGGUUUUUUUGGGGAGGGGGGGGGGUCCUCGAAUACGAACCAAACUCUCUGGGGCCACGGCCUCGUGUAUUGUGGAGCUCUAUACUAGAGUAUAACGUUUGUACCUUUUGUGCAGGAAGGUGAAAUUUCUGCGAACAUGCCUUGUACUUGCUUUAUAAACUUUUUAUAAAAGUUACCGUUUUUACGUAAUAAA